AUGGCUCGUACUUUCUUCGUCGGUGGUAACUUCAAGAUGAACGGCUCCAAGGAGUCUCUUACCCAAAUCGUUGACACCUUGAAUAAGGCUGAUCUCCCAGCCAACGUUGAGGUUGUUAUUGCUCCACCAGCUCCAUACAUUCCUCUUGUUGUUUCUGAGAACACUCAAAAGACCGUUGAGGUUUCUGCUCAAAACGUCUUCGACAAGGCCUCCGGUGCUUACACUGGUGAGAUCUCUCCACAACAAUUGAAGGACUUGGGUGCUACCUGGACCUUGACUGGUCACUCCGAGAGAAGAACCAUCAUCAAGGAGUCUGACGAGUUCGUCGCUGACAAGACCAAGUUCGCUUUGGACUCUGGCAUCAAGGUUAUCUUGUGUAUCGGUGAGACCUUGGAGGAGAGAAAGGCCGGUGUCACCAUUGAGGUCUGUGCCAGACAAUUGGACGCCGUCUCCAAGAUUGUCUCCGACUGGACCAACAUUGUUGUUGCCUACGAGCCAGUCUGGGCUAUUGGUACCGGUUUGGCUGCCACCCCAGAGGAUGCUCAAGACACCCACAAGGACAUCAGAGCUCACUUGACCAAGACUAUUGGUGCCGAGCAAGCUGAGAAGGUUAGAAUCUUGUACGGUGGUUCCGUCAACGGCAAGAACGCCCCUGAGUUCAGAGACAAGGCUGAUGUCGACGGUUUCUUGGUCGGUGGUGCUUCUUUGAAGCCGGAGUUCAUCGACAUUAUCAGAUCCAGAUUGUAA